UUUCUUUCUCUCCCUCUCUCCCCUUCCCCCCUGCACCGCCCUCUGCGGCCCCGCGCUGCCCCCGCGGCAGGUCCCGCCCCCGCGGCUCGAGGCGGUGCCGUGGGCGGAGCGGGCGGCGCGGGGCUGGCGGUGCGAGUGGGACGCGGGUGAGGUUAUCACUGAGAGUAGAGAAAUGGCUAAAUUGACCCAGUUAAUUGACAAUGAAGUCUUCCAGGCUUAUGCAACUUAUGCAACUAUUGUUCUUGUAAAAAUGAUGCUCAUGAGUCCUAUGACAGCAUACUUCAGAGUCACAAGAAAGGCAUUUGCCAACCCAGAAGAUACAGCAUCCUUUGGAAAAGGCGAGAGUGCCAAAAAAUAUCUGCGGACUGAUCCUGACGUCGAACGUGUGCGCAGAGGCCAUCUGAAUGACCUUGAAAAUAUUGUUCCAUUUCUUGGCAUUGGACUGCUGUAUGCUCUUAGUGGCCCUGACCUGUACACAGCCUUGCUGCAUUUCAGGAUCUUCGCUGGGGCCAGGAUCACUCACAGUUUUGCAUACUUAAUCCCUCUUCCCCAGCCCAGCAGAGGUUUAUCUUGGGCAGUUGGGUAUGCAGUGACCAUGUCAAUGGCAUACAAAGUGCUGAAGACGGCAUUGUACUUGUAGCAGAAUUGUAGCUUCUGUGUACCAUUCGACAUUCCAUGCAAAGUUUCCAGCAAUGUAUGUUGAUGUCUUGAAUGAGCAUUCCACAGCGGCUGGAAUUAAUUUUUUAACAGAGGCUUUUCAUUCUGGUUCAGAAAUACUUCUUUUUGCAGUAAAAAAUAAAGUAAAAAAUCCUUCUCCCUUUAUUCCCUAUUCAUGGGCUACAUUGCCAAAAUGUUAGAUUGAAUGUUCUCUUUGCAAUUUGUCAAGUGCUUACAAUUCUAGACAUGCAAUGAUGUUGUACUGAUAGUAUGUGUGGUAAUUUUUUACAGAUACACUAUUUUUGGCUGUAGCUCUGAAGUCUAAAUCAAUAAAGACAAGAGAAAAAAAAAAAGAGUGUUUGUAUUUUUGUUUUCAUUUUUGACUUUUCUCACUGCAGCCAGUAAAUAACAUGUCACUAUGUAUCUGGAAGAGAUUCCAAUCAUACAGUUCUUUGAAGAAUGCUUACCUUAAUAAUACGAUAUAAGCAGUAAUGCUAGGCUUGUUAUAACAAAACUUUGAUGAAAUCUUUGUUUGUAUAAUCCACUUUGGGAUUAAAAAACCUAAACCAUUGCACCUCCAUUUCUCUCAGUUGAAUAGAUUAAAAAGAAAGAGAAAAGUGUUUGGGUUAGACUCUGUUUAGUGACACUGGUGAAAUUUGAAGUAAUUUUGUGUUGGAGUUACUACAGACAUAGAUUUUGUGACUAAAUAAAGAAUAGACUCUUCAUAGAAGGUUUUUUUAAUAAAUUCAGUGUAAAAUGAGUGACGCUUGCAGAUGUAUAUAUCAGGUAAUUCAGAUGUGAAUAUAUAAUUAGUUUGUAUGUCAUGCCAUUGUAAAUAUGUUGCUGAUAGAAAAUUUUGCUCUUUGCAAUAUCUUUCUGUAAUGUUAAUUUGAAAUAUUUUCUUUAAAGACUCUUA